CGGAGCAGCGCCUGCUGGGGGUGGGGUGGGAGCUGGGGUGUUGUUGUAAAAUGCAAGUUGGAUAAAAAAAAGACCUCUCGCCAAGGGCCCCAAUGAGUGGCACACAGUCGACUAUCACGGACAGGUUUCCCCUCAAAAAACCUAUAAGGCAUGCAAGUAUUUUGACCCGAGAAUCUCCAACGGACAAGAAGCAGAAAGUUGAACGUAGUACAUCCCAUGACAUUGACCCCACAGACAGCUCCUCCAAGAAGACAAAGUCUAGUUCAGAGGAGAGUAGAUCGGAGACAUAUGGUCUUGUUCAGCGCUGUGUGGUUAUCCAGAAAGAUGACAAUGGAUAUGGGCUGACGGUCAGUGGAGACAACCCAGUCUUCGUACAGUCUGUUAAAGAAGAUGGAGCAGCCAUGCGGGCUGGAGUACAAACAGGUGAUCGAAUCAUCAAGGUAAAUGGAACUCUAGUGACUCAUUCAAACCAUUUGGAAGUGGUAAAGCUUAUCAAAUCGGGUUCCUAUGUAGCUCUCACUGUUCAGGGACGCCCACCUGGGUCGCCCCAGAUUCCAUUAGCUGAUUCUGAAGUGGAGCCAGCAGCCUUUGGACAUAUGUCUCCCAUCAUGACAUCCCCCCAUUCACCUGGAACAUCUGGAAAUACAGAGAGAAUCACCAGUCCAGUAUUGAUGGGGGAAGAAAACAAUGUAGUUCACAGCCAGAAAGUAGAAAUUCUGAGGAAGAUGCUACAGAAAGAGCAGGAACGGCUACAGUUGUUACAAGAAGAUUACAGCCGCACACCUGCUCCACGAUUGCUUAAGGAGAUCCAGGAAGCCAAGAAACACAUCCCUCAGUUGCAAGAGCAGUUAUCCAAAGCAACAGGCUCUGCUCAGGAUGGAACUGUUGUUCUACCUAGCAAAUCUUCUGGUGACUCCUUUCUACUCAGUGAAGUAGAAGCAGAUAGUGGUGAUGGGUUGGGCAGAAUUGAUUGUAGCAGUGGAGAUGGUUCUCGACCCAAUAGUGACAUUGCAGAUAGUCCCAGAGGUGGCUUGAAGGAAAGAAUUUAUCUAGAAGAAAGCCCAGAGAAAAAUGAGAUGAUGCAAGAUAAUGACACUCAGUCAAACAUUGGGAGCCCCUUAAUUCGAACAGCACCUCAGAUCAUUGGCGCAGAGGAUGAUGACUUUGGCACUGAACAUGAACAGAUUAAUGGACAAUGCAGCUGCUUCCAAAGUAUUGAACUGCUAAGAUCCCGCCCUGCUCACCUUGCUGUGUUCUUACACCAUGUGGUUUCACAGUUCGACCCUGCAACAUUGCUCUGUUAUCUUUAUUCAGACUUGUACAAACAGACCAAUUCCAAGGAGACUCGACGCAUCUUCCUUGAAUUUCACCAAUUCUUUCUGGACCGAUCAGCACACCUGAAGGUUUCUGUUCCAGAUGAAAUAUCUUUAGACCUGGAGAAGAGAAGGCCAGAACUUAUUCCUGAAGAUUUACACCGCCAUUAUGUCCAAACUAUGCAAGAUAAAGUCUAUCCUGAAGUUCAGAAGCACUUGGAAGACUUUAGGCAGAAACGUAGUAUGGGGCUAACCUUAGCUGAAAGUGAAUUGACCAAACUUGAUGCAGAGCGAGAUCGUGACAGGGUGACCCUGGAGAAAGAACGGGCAUGUGCAGAACAGAUCAUUGUCAAAAUUGAAGAAGUGUUGAUGACAUCUCAAGCUGUGGAAGAAGAUAAGAGUUCAACAAUGCAAUAUGUGAUCCUCAUGUACAUGAAGCAUUUGGGAGUCAGAGUCAAAGAGCCCCGUAAUUUGGAGCAUAAGCGAGGUCGCAUAGGGUUUCUGCCCAAAAUCAAGCAAAGUAUAAAGAAAGAUAAAGAAGGUGAAGAAAAAGUGAAGAGAAGAGGAUUCCCUAGCAUUUUAGGACCCCCAAGGAGACCAAGCCGUCACGAUAGCAGUGCAAUUAGCAGAGCCAUGGAAUUACAAAAGCAGCGCCAUCCCAAGCACUUAUCCACACCCUCAUCAAUGAGUCCUGAACCUCAGGACUCUGUGAAGUUGCGCCAGAGUGGGAUUGCCACUGAUGUAGCAGAUGUUAUGUAUAUGCCUGCUAAUUCCAUAUCUUCUUUGACUUCAGGGACUAGUGCCUCCCAAGAGGGAGGGAAAGAGAAUGAAAUAGGGUCAAAAUCGAUUGGAGAAGCACCAGGUUCUGGAGAUUCUACAGAUGGUACACCUAGAACUCCCAAUACAGUCUUUGAUUUCCCAGCUCCACCAUUAGAUCAAUUGCAGGAGGAGGAAGGUGAAGUAGAAAGAUUACCUGAACAUGGAACACCAAAAUCUUUUCGAAAGCUUGAUAGUAUAGCUUUUGGGGAAAGUCAGAGUGAAGAUGAACAGUUUGAAAAUGACUUAGAAACAGAUCCACCAAAUUGGCAGCAGCUUGUUAGCAGAGAGGUGCUACUAGGGCUAAAACCUUGUGAGAUCAAACGGCAGGAAGUGAUCAAUGAGUUGUUCUAUACUGAGAGAGCUCAUGUCCGCACACUGAAGGUUUUGGAUCAGGUGUUCUACCAACGAGUGUCCCGAGAGGGAAUUCUGUCAUCAUCAGAACUGAGAAGAAUCUUCUCCAACCUGGAAGAGAUUCUUCAGCUUCACAUUGGGUUGAAUGAACAAAUGAAGGCUGUUCGAAAAAGGAAUGAAACUUCAGUGAUUGAUGAGAUUGGAGAAGAUUUAUUGAUCUGGUUCAGUGGAGCUGGAGAGGAGAAGUUGAAACACGCAGCUGCUACCUUCUGUAGUAACCAGCCUUUUGCCCUGGAAAUGAUCAAGUCUCGUCAGAAAAAGGAUUCUCGAUUCCAAACUUUUGUUCAGGAUGCUGAGAGUAAUCCACUAUGCCGUCGACUACAACUAAAGGAUAUUAUUCCUACUCAAAUGCAGAGGCUUACUAAAUAUCCCCUUCUGCUGGAUAAUAUUGCUAAGUACACAGAACGGCCAAAGGAAAGAGAGAAGGUGAAGAAAGCAGCAGAUCACUGUCGUCAAAUCCUAAAUUAUGUGAAUCAAGCUGUCAAGGAGGCAGAGAAUAAACAGCGCUUAGAAGAUUAUCAACGUCGCCUUGAUACAUCUAACUUGAAGCUGUCGGAGUAUCCAAAUGUUGAAGAGCUAAGGAAUUUGGAUUUAACAAAAAGGAAGAUGAUUCAUGAAGGACCAUUGGUUUGGAAAGUGAAUAGAGAUAAGACUAUUGAUCUGUACACAUUGCUGCUGGAAGACAUUCUUGUAUUGUUACAAAAACAAGAUGAUAGACUGGUGUUGAGGUGUCAUAGUAAAAUUCUAGCCUCUACAGCAGAUAGCAAACACACCUUCAGCCCUGUAAUCAAAUUGAAUACUGUGUUGGUUCGACAAGUUGCAACAGAUAACAAAGCUUUAUUUGUCAUCUCUAUGUCAGACAAUGGAGCCCAAAUUUAUGAAUUGGUGGCACAGACAGUUUCUGAAAAGGCAGUUUGGCAAGACUUGAUUGGUAGAAUGGCCUUGUCAGUAAAGGAACAGUCCACAAAGCCUAUCCCACUACCAGAGUCACCCCCCUGCGAAGGGGAGCAUGAUGAAGAAGAAGCUUCAAAGCUAAAGGAGGAAUCACAUGGUGUUUCUACCUCUAGUCUUCAAAGUCCAGAAAAACACAUGGGAGCUGAGAUUUCUUUAAUGUCAAAACCUCAGUCCUCUUCAUCAGUUACAUCUGGGAAAUCAGAGAUCAGUGAUAUAUUGGCUGAAAGACAGUUUGAAAAGGAACAACAAGCAGAAGAGACUUUGAAAGAGUCUGAAAUGGACUAUCAGAGUACUGUUCCAGAGCCACAUUUCCCUGUAUCUGAAGAGCGGUGGGCUUUGGAUGCACUGAGGAACUUGGGUCUUUUGAAGCAGUUAUUGGUACAGCAGCUAGAUUUGACUGAAAAGAAAACUCAUGAAGACUGGCAGCAUUUCCCCAGGUUUAGGGCAGCCUCCCAGGGGGUACAGGUAAAAUGUCCAGAUACAAUCCAAAAUGUCCUGGACCAUUCUGAAAAUAAUAAGACUAGCCAGCCUUGUGAAGGACAGAUGCCCCUCCAAACCAGAACUGGUGAAACUGCUGCAUGUUACAGCCCAAGGACUUCAAUUGAAUCCCCAAUUCCACAGGAUUAUAUGGAACUGGCAUCUCAAAAUAGCAGGGCAAGUAACCUUUUAGUAAUGGACCACAUGAUCACGACCCCAGAACCAUCUAGCACAGAGCUAGAAGGGGGCCCUGAUGACAGCGGAGAGCACUUUUUUGACGCCCGUGAAGUCCACAGUGAUGAUAAUCCUUCAGAAAGUGAUGGGAUAGAAAGAAAGGAAGAAGAAACUGUUCAGUUACGGAUCUCAGGAAAUGUUCUGAUCCUCGAUGGCUAUGAAACAGUGCAGGAGAGCUCUACGGAGGAGGACGUUGUUCCAGGCCUCCCUGCUAUGGGCUGGGCUCACCAGCAGCAACCUCUUCGGGAUGCCCGGUCUGAUGGAGGAGGUUCUCCAUUCACCUCUGAAUACCUCAUCCAGCCGCGAUGGGGACCUGUGGAGGAGUUUGGCUUCAGUGCCCAGAGUCCUCCUUCUUCUACAGACUCACACAGCCAAAUCAUGCAGUACAUUGGGAAGAUAGAGGCUGACCUUGAACACUUAAAGAAGGUGGAGGAAAGUUACAUGACUCUUUGCCAAAGGCUGGCUGGAUCAGCCCUCACAGAGGAGCACUCAGAUAAAAGUUAAAGCCACAGCACUUGUUGGCUGAAGUUUGGAUUCUGAGCCUCGGCCUUGCAUCACCACAUCCUGGCUCCAGGGUGGACUGGGAGAGAGUGUGUGAUAGAGGAUCUUCCUGUGGACCUUCAGAGUGCUAGCCAUGUCCCAGUAUGCUCAAGUGGGAAUUGUUUUUUUUCCCAGUAUGGCAGCUGCACUUGUUUGUCAGUGAGGGAGUGUCCUUUCUCUCAUUUUUUCCCCCCUCACUAUCAGAAAUUCAUUUUGCUUUCAGAACAAAAACCAAAUGUACAGAGCUUUGGGUGUAGGAUAUAAAAAAUGUAUUUAGACAUUUAAAAAAAAGAGAAAAAAGAGAAUCAGAUGUAUUUAUUUGACUUCAUUCCGCAUUUUGAAAGCACAUUUUAAUUUUAAUUUUGCAUUUAUGGUUUUGUUUUAAUUGAAUAGCAAGAGUUUUAGCCUUUUGUAUUUAGUACACCCAAGGAUCAGCUGCUCCUGAAAUCACAAUUCAGGCCUGGGGGUUGAGGGUGGUUUGGGGAGAGCUACAGGGAAUUAGGGUGUUUUGGUUUCACUGGACUGAAUUUAGCACUCCCUGCUAGCCCCUACAUGGCUUUUUGAAGGGCUGCUUCCCUAUGGUUUUCAUGUACAGAGUGACCUAGCCUGUAUUUAAGAGGAAUCAGUUAGAAGAUGAGCUACCUACCUGUGUGGCACGCAUCCAUCCUCUAUAGCUAAGGUCCUCUCCCAUGUCACAAAAAUUUUUAAUGCACUAAAUAAAUAGCCAGGCACUUGAAAAUUGAUUUAUUCCCUUCUCUCCCCUCCUAUCCCCCACUCCCACCCCCAUCCACUCUUCUUUCUUUUCCAUUGAAUCAUGGGAUCCAAUAGGGAGAAGAGAAGCCAAGUUUUAUUUUCUUGACUGUAAAAUAGUCUAGGUAUUGUUUAAUUUUUACAAUUAUAGGGCUUUGGCACUUGUAUGAAUUACCCCUGCAAUUUGAGCAGAAAAAAAGAGUGGAAAUGCUUCAGAGAGAGGGGAAUAGUGGGGUGGGGGGAAUGGGAGGGAGAAAAGGAUAGAGAGAUUGGCAAGGGUGUGUGUCAAACUGAAUCACUACUGAGCUGAACCAUGGCUUCAUGAGCCACGGGUACUGCUGAUUAAAGGGCCAGUAAGUUUUUAGUACCUGGAGGUUUGACUCUGAUUUUUGCACUGAUUGUGCCAGAAUGCUCUCUACUUGUAUUACAAAGAGAGCCAAGGCUGAAAUGGAAAGAAAUGCAAUGGAGACUACAGGACUGCCCACACAAGCUCUGUAAGCACUUCCUUUGGCUUUACUGCUGUAGCCCUUUCCAUCCUGGGAGCAAGACUGACCUUGGAAGUGGAAGCCUGCAGAUCAAUACCAGAACAUACACUGGACCCUCCAGGCUGGUUCUUGAUACUGCCUGCACUAGGGUUAGUAGCACCAUUGGCAGUACCCUACAGAGGAUAGGGGUUUCAGAACUGUCACUCGAAAACAUCUUCAGUCACAGUCUUUGAACAAUAUUCUUUGUACAUCAGGUAAACAAGCUUUGGAGUUUUUUAUUUUUGUUUUUUGCCAAUUAAAACCAUGUGCCAAAUCUGCAGAAUCCUGUUCCUAUACAAAGAAUUCAUUUUCCAUACAUCUUCCACUAGUAUCCUCCACUUUCUGUGAAUGGUCAGUGUGUGAAUUUUACCCCCUUUUUAGCUGUCACAGAGAAAUCAAGUUUUUCUCAUCAUGUAUGGCAGGAAUUCCCAGGUGUUUUUCAAGCAUCAUGAAGCUACAACUUAAUCAGUUCAUCUGGCUGCAUCAAGUUCUCUGCCUGUGUCUUGUCACCUGAGCUAUGCUUUUUGGACAUGGCUACAAUCACUCAUUUGGGGAUAUGCCUGUAGACUGGAACUGCAUCUCAGAUUAUAAACAAAAUGUAAUUUAAACUAGAAUGGGGUAAGGAGCUUUAAAAGCAAAACCCAAGUUCACAGGAUACCAGCCUGGAGUUUUCCCUGAUCUCCCAAGAGGAGCCUUGGAUCUCCCAAGAAACAAAAUGGUUACAUCAUGUACUGCUGGCAAGAAUACUGUGGUCAUUGUCAACCCAAAGGGUUAUCUGUACACAUGUAUCCAGCCAUACAUCAGCACCAGCUGUCUACAUCUUUCUGUAUCAAAGGAGAUGGUGUUAAGUGGGUAUUUGAGAAAUGCCCACUGAUAGUUUAAUUUGGGGGCAAGAGCAAUAUUACACAACUAGAAGUUUGCUCCAAACACCUAAAGAGUAAACCACUUAACAAUGCAUAUCUCCUUCAGGAGGUAGGAAAAGUGCAAUGCUUUAAAUUCUAUCCUAGUUAAUUCAGUAAAUGGUCUUGAACAAGUUAGUUAUCCUGUCCUUCCUUCAGCUUAUUACUCUGCAUGAUGGAGAUAAAGUCUAGCUGAAAAAAUAAAAAGUAAAACCAACCCAUAUAAAAUGUAGCUCAAGUGCUACAGAAUUAAGUAUUUAGUAUCUCCAAAGUAUAGUCCAGAAGAGAUUCCAAAGCUUCAAGUGCCCUUUCCAUCUUAGAACUGCCAGUUAAGAGGAAGACAGUUUCCCUUAAGUCAUUCUAUCCACAUCCUUCUGUUACUUUAACAUCCUAUCUACCCCCUUCCAGUUGAAAGGGUUAGGAAAUUACAGGUCACACUCCUUAAGCAAAACUGGUCAUUAGGAAGUCCUUUUCUUAGGGAGAGAUAAAAGAGAAGGUGAGAUCCUAUUUUCCCAGAAGGACACAAUAAUAGAAAAAGUGAUCUACAGAAAACCAAUUAGUUGUUUCAGGGGAUGUUGAAGGGAUUUACUAAAUGUAUUCUGUUCUGUUGGUUUUAAUGGCCCCCUUGAUUGUUAAAUGGUGAAAUACAUUUAGAACAUUUCAUUCCCUUUCAGAGAACAGAAAGUUAGUCAAGUUAUAUUGACAAUCCCAAAGCACCAUGAUUUAAAACUGAGUUCCCUGUUCUAGAAUCCAUAUGCUUUGCAUACUCUAAAAUCAGCUUAUAUUCAGGACAAAUUUGACUUCAAAUUAACUUCCAGGUUUCCCAUCUGAUCAUGACUUUUAAAAGCUAAGGGUCUCAUUCAUUGAGGAAUUCUAUAUGUGGUGGGUUUUUUUCCAAACACUUAGUUCUGUUUUCCUAAUAGAAUUAGUCCCUGUUUAAAAAAAUGCUUUGUUUAAAAGCUAGUACAGAAGAAAGCAGGUCUCACUUAAAAUUUUUCAUUGUUGAGAGCAACACUGCUGCUUCCAUUGCUUUCUUCCUUUGCUCUUUUGGUGGUGGUAGAUUCAACAGAUUUUAUGGAGACUGAUAUAUACAUAUUUCAAACUGAGAUCUAUCUCUAUGCUCUAAAAAGCAGUAUUAAUUUGACUUAUUAGCCUGGUAACCUCAGAUAUCUCAUUGUUGAAAACUGUAGGCAAUAUUCAAAGAGAAACUAAUAGGACAAUUUAGCUAAAAUUUUGUUCAUGUGCUUCCCACCUUCAGCAUUGUUAUGUUUUUGUAAAAUAUUCUUUAAUUCCCACCCCUAAUACCUUUCAAAAUGCCCUCUCCCAAAGUGUUCCUUUCUCCAAAGAGUUUGUAAUUUCCUUACCCAAGUAACCUGUUUCCUUCCACUGGUGUUGGUGGUUUUGUUGAUGAAUUUGCUGAAGGAAUGUGCUUCCCCCUGAACACCCCCUUCCCCCCACCCCCCCAAAAAAGGAAGCAAAUCCCCUCUAUUUCCAGGUGUAAACUGACAAGGAAGUGUACUGCAAAAAUGGUCACUAUAAUGUGCAAAUGGUUGGUUAUUAUUUUUAAUAAAUCUUUGAAUCUCUUCAUACUAGAACAUCUUAUUUUCCUUGUACACCAUACAAUCAUGUACUCUUUUAACAGAGAUUACUUUUAAAAAUCUGGAAGUAUUCUUUAAAGAAAACUUUAUUAAUAAUCCUGUAUUUUUACUGAUCAUGUUUUGAAAUGUCUAAAAGACUUUAUUGUUCUAAUUAUCCAGAUGUACGUUUGUAAAAUAGCUCUUUUAUGAACUAGCUGAUAAGGUUGUAUGUUUCUGGAACAAAAUAUUGGUCAUCUAAAAAGAACUUUGUUUUCUGGGAUCUGGGAAAAUAGAAAAUGAACAUUCAAAUAUCAUUAAAUAAGUUUAAAUGAA